CUGACACAACACGCCCAUGACCACAGCCUGUGUCCCGCAGGAACUCUGAGGAAGAGAAGACAGAGCCAUAAUGGAAUCGCCGUCUUCCCCGCUGGACCCAGAUCUAAUUCGGGAGGUUCUGGAGUGUCCCAUCUGCCUGGAGACAUACAACCAGGAACACAUGAGGCCCAAACUCCUGCAGUGUGGUCACACAGUGUGCCGGCAGUGUCUCGAGAAGCUGUUGGCUAACACCAUCAAUGGUGUCCGCUGCCCCUUCUGUAGCAGGGUCUCCCGUAUGAGCAGCAUUUCCCAGCUGGCUGAUAAUCUCACUGUGCUGAAGAUCCUUGAUUGCACUUUGUCAUGCAGUGCUGCAGCUGCCGCCCUCAUGUGCAAGUCCUGCUGCAGCCGUCUACCACGUCAGUACUGCCACGAGUGCACCACUGUCCUCUGUGAGCUCUGCAAAGGAGAGGGCCACCUGGAUCAAGGUCAUCUAGUGCAACCGAUAAGGGUUGCUGCUGAACAGCGUCGCAAAGAACUGGGUGGCAAGUUGAAGGCUCUGCGGAAUGUUAUGGGUGAAAUUCAGAAGAAAAAGACAGCCAUUGAAAGCAUUUCCAAGGCCUUGAGACUUAAAUACCGCGCAGUGCAGCAGGACUAUAAUACAGCUGAGCUACGUCUUCAAGAGGAACUGAGCAGGUCUCGAAGGACAUUCACAAGUUCAUUGGCAGAAGUGGAGAAACUCAAUGGGCAUGUUCUGGAGGAGCAGACGUAUUUUCUCAACAUCGCAGAGGUAAAGGUGGUGUCACGCUGUGAUUAUCUGACGAUACGGGUGAGGCAGAGUGAUAUCGCUCUGUUAAAGGACGAUGGUGGGGGGAGUGAUGAUGAGGAACUGGAUCUGAGGAGCAACUUGCCCGCCAUGUUUCAGCUACAGGAGCCGGAGCUGGUCCGAGCAGAGCACACCCAGCCGUUAGAAGUGGGCCAGAUAACCACAAACACUUACACCGUCAACACAGACGAUGAGGAGAGUGCGUUGGAGAUCGCACUUGAAGCUGAUCUAGAGGGACUAGGUGGGGCAGCUGGGGGUACCAGUGGUGCAAUGGGAGCUCCUGUGGAUCUAUACAGAGACGUCAAUAUGGUUGGAGCUAUAGAGGAGGCGGUAUGCGGUUCACCAGGCAGCUUUAAGUCAAAGUCCAUGGAUUCAGGUGGGGGAUCACCUGGAGGAGCCGGGGCUAGUGCAGGGCCCCCAGUCUGCCAGUUUGUGAAGAAGAUGGGCUGUAAGGGAACGCUGCCUGGUAUGUUCAAUUUACCCGUCGGCAUCUGCGUAACACCACAGGGUGAGGUGCUGGUGGCCGAUCGUGGCAACUUCCGUAUCCAGAUAUUUAAUCGCAAAGGUUUCCAGCGUGAAAUCCGCCGCAAUGGCAGUAGCAUCGAUAACUUUGUCCUGAGCUUCCUUGGUGCCGACCUGCCUAACCUCAUCCCCUUAUCCAUUGCUGUGACCGCUCAAGGUCUGAUUGGGAUCACGGACAACUACGACAACUCAGUCAAAGUCUACACUAUGGAAGGAGACUGCGUGGCUUGCCACAAGAACCAGCUGAUUAAACCGUGGGGCAUUGCUGCCAUGCCAUCAGGCGAGUUUGUGGUGUCAGAUGUGGAAGGUGGCAAGCUGUGGUGUCUGGCAGUGGACCGCAAUGUGGGCGUGGUCAGCUACAACCGAUUAUGCUCCGCCGUGCGUCCAAAGUUUGUGACAUGUGACGCAGCUGGGAACGUCUAUUUCACGCAGGGCCUGGCACUGAACUUUGAAAAACGCCACAAUGAGCCCCAUCUGGAGGGGGGCUUCUCAAUUGGGUCAGUGGGUUCUGACGGUCAGCUGGGCAAGCAGCUCAGCCAUUUCUUCUCUGAGGCAGAGGACUUCCGCUGCAUCACUGGCAUGUGUGUGGAUGCCAAUGGGGAUUUGCUGGUAACAGACAGUGGCAGGAAAGAAAUCCUCCAGUUUCCCAAAGAGGGUGGAUUCAAAAUUCUCAUCCCGGACGGGCUGACCUGCCCUGUGGGAGUGGCCACCACCCAGAAAGGACAGCUGCUGGUGCUGGACUGCUGGGACCACUGUGUCAAAGUCUACUCAUACAUUCAGAGGAGGCACUCUUCCAUUUCUUAGAGGAACAAUCCAGACAAACUGCCCCUAAGCACUAUCGGUUUAGUGGUUAUGUGUUGGAAAAGAAUCACAUUUAUCUGACUUCAGCUUUGCUUUGGUACAAACAAUUCUUGCUCCAGCUUUCUUUGGGUUAUUACUGUAAAGGAAUGUUUCGUUCGGUUUAAAGAAAACUGGUUUUAAUUUAAUACCUCAAAUUGAAAAUCAGCUACUUAAACUGCCCCUACCAGGUCAUGUGACUGGAUUACAACACUAAAAAACAGACCUUGCAAUAUUUUUAUGUGGAAGAAUACUGGCACAAGUUGUCUCAGUAAAAUAAGCGAAACGAGCCAUUGAUGUCGAAGUUAAUGCAGACGCAAAGU